CCUUAGAUGCUUCGAGAAGGGGUAUGAGAGCAUCAAAAUCAAAGUAAUUUUUUUUUUUAAAGCCCAUUCAACACAAGUUCAGACCGCACAGAGGGACUGCAGUUCCAUAAACACAGCUCAGCCCAAGCUGUGAUGUGCCAUCCAGGGGACACAGUCCCCACUGAACAGAACUCACAGGUGAGGCAGACACAUGGAACAGAUAAUGCCAGGUGGCUUGACUCUAGAACCAAGCAAUGUGAAGAUCACCUAAUACAAGAUUCAAGUGGGAAGACCGGGGAACCCCGAAGAAACUGAGGGAAGGCACCCACUUGCUCUGGAAGGUUUCAGGACAGCAACAGACAAAAAGGAAGGAAACACAUGUGUGCCAAGGCCAGACAAGGGAAACUGCCUUCGCUCACAUGUUCACUCAAACUACUCACAUCCCUGCCGGGCACUCAGAGACAAGGAUACAGAGAAAUGAGGUCCAAGUCCCACAGCACUGGAGCUGGCCUCAGGACUUAAGCAGAAAGCCUUCCAAGCACAGGGAAUAGCAAAGGCAAGGGGAGCCCUGAGUUUAGACAACCUCACGCUCUGUGAGAAUGCAGUAGGGGACCAGGCAGAGGUGGGCGAAACCAGCAUCCAAACAAAGGCUUUGAUCCAAGUCAAGUUUAAGCAUCUGUCCAGUCCUGCAGGUCACGGGAGGUGGCAAGAGAGACACUAUCGGAUCCCUUUAUGAGACUAAUGUUCACAGCCGGUGGUUGGAGGACUGAACAGGAAAGAGACUGGAGUGCACGCUGUUGCAAUGACCCUAAGAAGUAACCACGUUGUGUAGCAAAGGUUUAGCCACUGGGAGAGACCCCUAAGGGUGCAGUUAGCAGAGGACCACUAGCCUCACAGAAGGCUGGGGUGGUUGCGGCCUCACUGAAGUCUCCUAAGUAGAAGGCAGAAGAUCCUACCUCGGUGAACACCGACAACUCCGACUGAGUUCCCUGGGAGGUGGGCAAGUCACUAACAGCUCUUCCUUCUCAGCCCUUAGCACCCAUUUUGCAGACAAAGCUCCAAGGUAACAGUGCUAGAGACACUUUGAGAGAGGGCAAAGGAAGUGGUCACUCCUCUCUGCUUUCCUGUUCGCCCUCGCAUCUUGAAAUCUCUAAUCUCUCUUUAUCCUUCUGUCACUCCUACAAUAGUGCCAUUUUAAAGGGCCAUUUCCAAGCCUUUUCCCUGGUUCUCAAAUCUGCAGUUUUCAACUGCCCCCAGCCGCCGACAAGGUUGCCUGGAUGGCUCCCAUUCAUGGGCCCCAGCUCCCUCACUGGGCUGGAAGGUGGCAACCGCGAAAAUGAGAACGACUCUAUCCUCAGCGGGACUUUAGAUGACAUCACAUCCUCAGAACGCAAAAUUGGACUCGGCAGCCGUCCGGAGGGCGCAACUUCCCGGCUCCGUAUUUCGUUGUCUCCUGCGCGUUCUACUCGCGUCUGAGCUGAAAGCUGAGCCGCGCCGCAGGGGUGCGCCAUGGCCUUGCCGGUGACCUGGCUGCUCCUGCCCCUGGCCCUGCUGCAAGCUGCCACGACCUUCGGGCAGCUGUCGUUCCGGAUGUCGCAGAAAGGGCAGAGUCACCUGGGCAAGCAGGUGGAGCUGCGCUGCGAAGUGCUGCUGUCCAGCCUGGCGUCGGGCUGCUCGUGGCUCUUUCAGCCUCCUGGAGCCGCCACCAGCCCUGUCUUCCUAAUGUACAUCUCCAAAAUCCGGAUCAAGACGGCCGAGGGGCUGAACAGCAAACAGAUGUCGGGUCAGAGGAUCCAGGACACCGUCUUCAGCCUCACCCUGCACAACUUCCGCGAAGAGGAGCAAGGCUACUAUUUCUGCUCGGUUGUAGGCAACUCGAUACUGUACUUCAGCCCCUUCGUGCCCGUCUUCCUGCCAGCGACACCCACCACGACGCCCGCGCCGCGACCACUCACGCGAGUCCCCACCAAAGCAUCGCAGCCAGUGUCCCUGAGCCCGGAGGUGUGCCGGCCGGCAGCGGGCAGCGCAGCGGACACGAGGGAGCUGCACUUCGCCUGUGUGAUCUACAUCUGGGCGCCUCUGGCUGGGAUCUGCGUGGUCCUUCUCCUAUCUCUGGUCAUCACGAUCAUCUGCAAUCACAGGAACCGAAGACGUGUUUGCAAAUGUCCCAGGCCCGUCGUCCGACCAGGAGGCAAGCCGAGCCCUUCAGAGAGAUAUGUCUAACAUGGCGAUGGGCCAGUUCAAGACUCCAACCUGAGAACUCCCCUUACAAGGAGAGCAACGGUCUUCUUUUGGUUUUCAUUCUCAUUAUUAUUUUCGUGGGUGGGGGUGGGAGGAAAGAUUACUUUUUCUUUAUGCCUUUACCUUGACACAAAGCAAAACUAUAUAAUGUCUACAGUACACCGGAAGGAUUACAAUACCAUUAUGCACAUGUAUGGGGGGAAAGGGCUGUGUUCUCGGAAUCGGGCCGUUAGAGCUGGUGGGUGCCUCACGGCCCCUUGGUGCAAACCUUUUUCCCACCUAUUUUACAAAGAAGAAGGCUGAAGUCCAGAGAUUGGGAGAAGCUUGACCAGAGUCACAGCAAGGCCAGAGCUGUUCCUCCGCACCGCUCAGGCCUUUCUUCCAGGUGCCUCUGUCUCAGCACGGGGUUCUGUGUUUCAAAGCGCAAGGGAACAGGUCAUUUCUUGAGCACAUGUGAUAGACCCAUUACUGCACACAGAACCCUGAGACAGUAAUGAAAUAUGAAAACUUCUGCCUUUCACAGAGUUCUAUAAUGUAGUUGAAUGGUACCAGACUUUUUUUUUUUUAAUAAUCAAGCAUGAAAUUGUAUAGUUAUUAUAUAAACAAGCAUGAAAUUCUUCAAAUAAAGUGGACGGGGUAAACUGAAUCCUGGAAAAUGUAUAACUCGAUCUCUAAAGGAAAUCUCUGAAAUCCCGAAGUGGAGGCAAAAUUGCUCUCCAACACUUCAUUGAAGAGGGACCCAUGAAAGAGGAGAAGCCACCUCUUUACAAAUAUGAUUUGAGCAUCAGUAAAGUUAGAGGUCCUCUUGAAUCUCUAAACUUGACAUGCCAUAUUUGAACAUGCUCCUGGGAUCGUUGAUACCUUUUAAGUUUAUAAAAGCAGAAUUGUUCAAGCUGCCAGCACCAGCCCUGGCCUCCCCUCGACCAGCAGUUGUGAGAAUGUGGUAGAACAGAGUCUGUUCCGGGGAGGAGGCUAAUUGCUUAAGCUGCUGCCCUAAAAUACAUUUCCUCUCCACGGCGUUGUACAAGAAAUGUGUGCUUGCUGGAGGAAAAAACUUAAAUAGAUAAGGAAAUAAGAAUCUCUCACGAUUCUUUACCUCAGGUAUAAUCCAUUGUUAAUCUUAUGGUAUACAUUCUUCUUGCUUAUUUUCUAUGCAUAUAUGUAAAAAAUAUACUUUGCUUUUUAAAAAAAAUGGGAUUGCACUAUGCUCUUUAUAAGUGGCUUUAAUAAACAUUUAUGGCAUACCUUU